AUGCACGUCCUAUCCACGCUCAUUCCCAGCCUGGGCUUGUUUGCCCACCUCAGUGCCGCUGCCUAUACGUUGCAGGACGACUAUGGCACCACUGACUCGUUCUUUGACAAGUUCGACUUUUACACUAGUGCGGACCCGACUAACGGGUACGUGAGCUACGUCGACCGUUCAACUGCUAGUAGUGGUGGCCUCAUCAGUACUUCCGGCGGCUCGGUGUAUAUUGGCGUCGAUACUACGAACACUGCUAGUAGCCCAGGCCGUCAGAGUGUUCGCCUGGCGAGCACCAACACCUACCAACAUGGCCUGGUGAUUCUGGAUCUGGAGCACAUGCCUGGCAGCGUUUGCGGUACUUGGCCUGCAUUCUGGAUGCUCGGUUCGGACUGGCCUAACAAUGGCGAAAUCGACAUUAUCGAAGGCGUCAACACCCAAACCAAUAACCAGAUGACCCUACACACCAGCGAUGGCUGCUCUAUCAGCAACUCCGGCUUCAGCGGCACCCUCGAGACAAGCAACUGCUACGUCGAGGCCUCGGGCCAAUCCUCCAACGCUGGCUGCGGCAUCCUCAGCUCCAGCUCCCAGUCUUAUGGCGACGGCUUCAAUCAAGUCAAUGGCGGUGUCUACGCCACCGAAUGGACGUCUUCGGGCAUCAACGUCUGGUUCUUCUCGAACUCCAGCGUCCCGUCGGAUAUUACCAGUGGCAGCCCUAACCCUUCAGGCUGGGGUACCCCUACUGCCGCGUUCUCCGGGAGCUGCGAUAUUGAUUCGCACUUCAACAAUCUGCAAAUUGUCUUCGACAUCACCUUCUGCGGUGACUGGGCCGGCAACGUCUGGUCCUCUAGCACCUGUGCCUCCAAGGCUAGCACCUGCAACGCUUACGUCCAAGACAACCCCUCCGCCUUCACCGAGACAUACUGGCGCAUCAACUCUCUCAAGGUUUACCAAGAGAGCAGCAGCUCUAAGCGUGACAUACACUCUCACGCCGCCGUGCAUGCCCGCGAGAACGAGGCUAUCCGUGAGAACAACUCGCGCCGCUCUGCGCCGUACGUUCGCCCCGCGCCUCGUCCAGCCUGGAAGCACCGCCGUGGUCAUUACAAGCAUGGUCAUGCUUAG